AUGGACGAGAAGCAGGCAUACUACACCACCAACGCCAACGCACCACCACCGCCAAACAUGUCUGGACGGCUCGUCCGGAGGAAGAACCUCUGGCCUGCCGCCCUCGUGGUCCUCGUCUUCUUCUACGGCUUCUGGGGCUACGUAGUGGGACAGCCGGCGAUCCCCCACGCGCGCUUCAUUCCCCAGCAGGCUCCCGUAGUCGAGCAGAACGCUAAGCUUGUGCCGUUGGAGGCGCACAUCAUGAGCAAAUGCCCUGAUGCGAGGGAUUGCUUGAGGGACCUGGUCCUCCCGACCAUGAUGAAGACGUACCAAAAGGUCAACUUCACCCUGUCCUACAUUGGAACCCCGACCGAGAACGAUGGAAUCGACUGCAAGCACGGCCCGUCUGAAUGCAUGGGAAACAUCAUCGAGCUUUGCGCCGCACACCUCUACCCCGACCCCAAGAUCAACCUCGGCUUCACCAUGUGUUUGACCCGCGAGUACCAGGCCAUCCCUGAGCGGUCGCUGGUGGAGGACUGCGCUCUGGAGCAUGCUAUCGACAUCAAGGAGUUGAACGACUGCGCGACCCAGGACGACGGUGCCUUGGGCCUGGGCAUGCUGCGCGACAGCGUGCGGAGGAGCAAGGACGUAAGUUUUCCCCCAGAGGCUGUCCAUCCCGCGGUCUCUUUCGUGCAAGACGGAUACUGA